GUAGCUCUUCUGCGUCUGCACUCUCGCUUCCUACUCCGCUCAACGACACCGGUGCACUGACCUGCCACCUGUUGUUCUGACUGCUCUCUCUUGUUCUCUCACUAAGCCUGUCCACAGCCUCUCUCAAUAUAAAUCUCUGAUUGAGCGCUUGCUUCUAUUUCUGCCAGUAGUUAGCUUGUCAGUUUUACUUUUGUCUCUGUCUAAAAUCUCAUAUGCAAAGACCUAACAGCUGCCCCAAUGCCUAACUCACAAUUAGCACUUGGUAGAAUACAUUUAUCAUACUGUACCAUACAGUAUAUCAUAUUUGCCUUAUUUUAUAUAUUGUAUAGCCUUACAACUGUGUCCUGUUAAUGGAGAUGUGUGAUAUCUAAAAUAGACUAAAAAGACACCCAUGGUAGAGUGAUGCCAUCUGACACAUUGGGAUUCGAGUUUUCCUUUUCUUUUUUAUUGUGGUGGUUUAGUUGGGUAUUGCAUGCAUAGUUUUAGUUGCAGUAAUAGCACCUUUGCCACUAGCCAUUAGUUGAGUAAAGCCUCUGUUUUAUUGAUUUAUUGGUUUAUUUAUUUGUUUUCGAGGGGGUUUGAGGGACUGUCCUUAUUGAUCUUUUUUUGAGGGGAUUUGAGGGACUGUCCUUUAAAGCUCAACUCUGGUCAGGGAUGUGGGCAUGCUACCUGUUUUUUUGGGGUGUGUAUGGCCUUUGGUGUGUGAUAUGCUCUGUAUCCUCUGUAGCAGCAGUCGUCCAGGCUCUCCAUUAGUUCAGUCCAUUAACUCCUAUUAACUCCAUGUCUGUUCUUCCUCCUCCUCCUUCUAUGGUGACUCCUGUGUGCCUUAUUCCAGUCUCAUUGGACAACCAGCACAUGCUGCAUUACAUUCGAGACAAGACCGCCGUGCCGUACUUCUCGAACCUAGUGUGGUUCAUCGGGAGUCACGUCAUCGAGUUGGACAAGUGUGUACAGACCGAUGAAGAGCACAAAAACCGAGGGAAGCUGAGUGACCUGGUUGCCGAACAUCUGGACCACUUGCACUACCUGAACGACAUCCUCAUCAUCAGCUGCGAGUUCCUCAACGACGUGCUCACCGACCACCUGCUCAACCGCCUCUUCCUCCCCCUCUACGUCUACUCCCUAGUUGGCCAAGAACAGUCUGAAGAUCGGAAGAUAAGGCCCCAGGUGUCUCUCUACCUGCUAUCCCAGGUGUUCCUCAUCAUCCACUAUCAGCCUCUGGUGAACGCGCUGGCAGACGUCAUACUCAACGGUGACCUCACUGUGUUCUCCACUCAAGCCGAGCACAAUGCACACAAAAUCUUGGCUAACCCGGGCGUGCGGCGCUUCGCCAAGCCCCCCGAGAGCCUGGAGCGCUCGCUGGAGAUGAGCCGGCAGAAGGGGCGCAAGCGAACGCAAAAGAGGCCCAACUACAAGAACGUGGGUGAGGAGGAGGAAGAGGAGCGCGGCGGAGGGCCGGAGGAAGGCCCCGCGGAGGAAAAGGCUAAAGGUACAGAGGCUAGUUCAAAGGGCAGCAGGACGAGUGGGGACACGGAAGAGAUUGAGAUGGUGGUGAUGGAGAAGUGUAAGAUCUCUGACGUGUCCACGCUGACGGAACAGAACAUCACAGACGAGGAGAAGAGCGCUGCUCGCGCAGAGGGGCAGCAGAGCAGACCCUUCCUGGAUAUGGUGUACAACGCACUGGACUGCACUGAAGAUGACUACCAUGCCCUCUUUGUGCUCUGCCUAUUGUAUGCCAUGUCACACAGCAAAGGUAUCAAUCCUGCCCUGCUGGAGAAGAUCCAGCUCCCAGCGCCUGACCAAGACCGGACCUCCUACAGCCAGGUCCUAGUGGAGAGGCUCAUUCGGGUCAUGAAUCAGGCAGCUCAACCAGAUGGAAAGAUCCGGUUGGCCACUCUGGAGCUAGGCUGUUUGCUCUUGAAACAGUCUGUGGUGUCUGGAAGUCAAUGUAUCAUCAAAGAUGUCCAUUUGGCCUGCCUUGAGGGAGCAAGGGAGGAGAGCCUGCAUCUCCUUCGCAGAUUUUACAAGGGAGAAGAGAUCUUCCUCGACAUGUUUGAGGACGAGUACAGAAGCAUGACGAGUAAACCUCUGAAUGUGGAGUAUCUGAUGAUGGACGCCUCAAUCCUGCUGCCCCCCACGGGCACCCCGCUGACCGGCAUCGACUUUGUCAAGAGGCUGCCGUGCGGAGACGUGGAGAAGACACGACGAGCCAUCCGUGUGUUCUUCAUGCUGCGCUCGCUCUCGCUGCAGCUGCAGACGGAGCCGGAGACCCAGUUGCCUCUCACGCGCCCAGAGGACCUCAUCAAGACCGACGACGUGCUCGACCUCAAUAACAGCGACCUGAUUGCCUGCAUGGUGGUGAGUAAGGACGGCGUUCAGGCCCAGCGCUUUCUGGCCGUGGACAUCUACCAGAUGAGCCUGGUGGAGCCCGAAACCAAGCGCCUCGGCUGGGGUGUCGUCAAGUUCGCCGGCCUGCUGCAGGACAUGCAGGUGUCGGGGGUGGAGGACGACAGUCGGGCCUUGAACAUCAUCAUCCACAAGCCCACGUCCAACCCGCACGCCAAGCCCCUGCCCAUCCUGCAGGCCAACUUCAUCUUCGCCGACCACAUCCGCUGCAUCAUCGCCAAGCAGCGGCUAGCCAAGGGCCGCAUCCAGGCGCGCAGGAUGAAGAUGCAGAGGAUCGCUGCUCUGCUGGAUCUUCCGGUGCAGCCUUCCUCGGAGGUUCUGGGUUUCGGUCAGUCGACGGCUGCGGCCUCCCAGUUGCCCUUCCGCUUCUACGACCAGUCCCGCCGCGGCCCCGCCGACUCCAACACCCAGCGCUCCGUCUUCGACAAGGUCCCAGGUUUCGCGGUGGCCCACAGUGCGUCGCAGCACAGCCCCUCCCCACUCUCUUCCCCCUCCCCCCCCUCCAGCAGCAGCGGCAGCACUGGUCAGUGCGACUCCGUCACCACCAGCACCCCCUCCACAGAUGAGGCAGCAUUGGCCGAGCGCACGCCUCCGCCCUCCUCCUGUGCGGGCGAGGGGGGGGAGGGGGGCGGGUGCGCGGAGCUGGCGCUGGCCCUGGCACAGCCGCUGACGCCCGCUGCCCCUCUGCCUCCUCCCAUUCCAGCCUUGGCCCUGGCCCCCAGCCUGACGCCGGCCGCCCAGCCCAGCAUCUCGCUGCUGUCCGACCCCAACACCGACGCCCUGAGCGCGGACUCGCUCACGCUGCUGCCCCCCGCCGACCCCCCGCGCCUCCGCAGCUUCAGCACGCAGUCGUCCGCGCAGGACGACGCGCCGCCGCCGCCGAUGCCCGCGGUGCCACUGCCCGACCCGUCCGAGGAGGAGGAGGAGGAGGACGGUGGGAAGCCUGAGGGGGAUCCAGAGCCACAAAAGGAGGAGGAGGAAGAGGAGGAGGAGAAGGAAGCCUUCGCCGCCGAACCCAAAGACGAGCCCUCGGCGCAGGACGCGGCAGGUGAGGAUUCGGCCGAAUCCGGUCAGCCGGAGCCGGAGGGGAGCCCGGCCUCGGGCGAGAGUCCCGGAGAGUCCGCUCCUCAGGCUGAAGGUGAGAGUUUAGGGACGGUCCCCGAGGCCGAGGCGGGCCAGGACCAGCAGAGCGAAGGAGCCGACUCCCAGCCGGCAGGAGCAGAGACCGCAGCGGAGGGAGCCGGCGACCAGCCAGAGUAGCCCCCCCCCCCCCCCCCUCGCGCGCGCUCAACUCAGCCGGAACCUGGGACCAGGAUGGGCUGCGACGAGACCAGAGACCAAACGGACCAACCCCACACACGCAGGUCUUCUGUUGCACCAACAGUCACACACACACACACACACACACACACACACACACGAGUGCUGCUUUGGACUCCUGUGUUGCGGUGAAACAUGUACACAGACAUGCAUUCAGAAGCUAGAAGCUCUGGUUACUCACCACAGCUCUGCUCUGUGAAAAAAAAAGAAAACACACACAUUUCUUUAGAAUGCAUUACAGCCCUUAAUGAAUGAGUUGUUUGUUCAGGGUGAGGCAUUAGCGUUGGUGUUUUUGUCUCUUGCAAAGCACAGCGGUUUUCUCCAGUAUGGUGCUGUGCAUAUGUUUUCUGUGUGAGUGUGUGAUGGGGAGAGAGCGUAUCGCUUCAUUUGGUUUUUUAGUAUUCUAUGAAAGCACUCAUUUUGUUUGUACAUAGGUGUGUUCAGUGUCCGAAAAUUCACAUAUUGUUUGUCAAAGUGUGUGUGUGUGUGUGUGUGUGUGUGUGUGUGUGUGUUUGUGUGUGUGUGUGAGAUUGCGAGAGUAAAUGUGUGUGAAAAUAAGGGAGUGUGUCCAUGCUUUUACAGUCUUAACACUGAAGAAUGUACGCUGACCCCAGAGGGUCUGACCAGCGGUGCUCUCAGGAGGGACGAUGUCACCACCACACACAUCCCCAACCCAUUCCCCAAACACACACACACACACACACACACACACACACAAACACACACAGGUCUCUGCUCUGACCCUGCCCCGAUAUCUCAGCAGCUCUUAUGCUGGAUACAGCUGUUUUAACUGCCCACUCAUUCAGACACACACCGCCUCUUCACACCUCUCCAACACGGAACUGUUGUAACACACAGGGAUUCCACAGAAUUGACACGUUUGACGCAGUCCAUCAUCACGUAGGUCUCCCACCAGACAUGGGCUUACCCCUUUGCUUUUGCUGCAACUAGCGAGGCUCCAAUCUAGCGUAGUGUUUAGAAUGCAUUUUUUGUUUCCAUAGGAACAAAUGCUCUGUGUCUAAUGGCGUUUUGGUACUUGUUGAAUUUGAGAAAAACUAAUAUGAUUUCACCCCAGUUCAAAGUUGUCUGUUUGCUCAUCCUCUUUUUAAUUGCUCACACUUAUGAAGAUGUAUUAGGAAGUUUUGAUAAGGAAGAGGUUGAAUUGCUAAAAUGAUUCUGUGAGGCAAAUUGAGAAGCCGUCCUAUUGUAUUUUAAAUCUGCCUAUAAACAAACAUAUACACACAUGCAUAUACACUUAACAGUUACAUCUGAAGGCACACUUAAUGAAGAUAAAAAAAUCUUAAUGUGUAAAAGUAUUGUGCAAUGUCUUUAAUUUGUACGUUAUUUGCGACAUUAGACACUCGGAACACAUUUGGAAUACCAACUGCACAGCCAGCAUCCCAAACCGGUUGCAUCCUGUUUUUAGAGGCUUUAAGAGGUAUAUAUUUUCUUAGCAAAGGUGUAUAUCUGUCAUAUGCCUUAAGAAAAGAUGAUAAGGUGAUGUGUAAUAAAAUAAUAACAAUGAUAAUAAAAAACAGAAUUAUCUAAAUGCUUGUGCUGGCCACAUAACACGGGAGACAUUCUGCCUGUAAACGUCAUGUUUAGUUGCUAUGAUUUAAAGCCCCCCCCCCCCCCUUUGGGAGUACAUGUCACUAAGACAUUUUCUUUGUGUGCAUCUUCUCAAAACAAUGUCAACUGUCCGAGCUUGCUACAAUGCCCCGUGGGUAGUGUCACACGCCCACACAAAGUAUUUGUUUUGUUUUUAAAGGAAUUUUGAAGCAAUACUGUUGUUACCUGUGCUCAUAUACUGAACGACAGUCUCUCCAUACUGUGGUUUACUGUACAUACUUUGGUGAAGAAGAAACUAGCCAUUGGCAUUAACAGUAUAAUUUGUGGUUUUGAAUGUUUGUAUGCUGUAUAAAUGCCACCUGCUUUUAAUCUGCUUCUGUAAUGAACAUAACGGCAGAAAUUACUAAGAAAUUGCAAUAAAUUAUUCUACUUA